AAAUGUUUUUUUCUUUUCUCCAGACCCACUCUCUAUGUUGGAAAACUUGACUCUCACCUUUAUGCUUCAGCUUCACUCGUCCAUCGUGGAGUGUCAUUAGUGCCUCGGGGACUAAUGCUGGCUCGGAUCGAUGGUCCAAUGACCACGGAGGUGACGGUCAGUCAGAGAGGGGAAUGUGAGAUCACUCCUUCCACUAAUGUCCAAUAUCCACCAGGGAGCACAAACAGCCAGAAGAACCACUGGCUGCUAAUAGGCCACCAUGAGGUCCCUCCAUUAGCCCACACCACCAUGCUGAGGGAUUUUCCUGCCAAUCUGCAGCAUUCUGGUGAGCCAGUCAUCCCACCUCGAACCUCUGCCUCUCCCUUCUCCUCUGCUUCCUUCUACCACCAGCGCUAUUUUCAAGCUGUCUCUGGCAGCCACAGUGACCAGAACACCAAGAAGGAAGGGGUCAGUGAGGAGACCACUGGGCAGACCCAGAAACCUGCCACUGUACUGCCGAUCUACCUGACCCAGGACCGUCUGACGCUGGCUGUUCUGACCAUUCUGGUUGGAGGAUGGCUCUCCUUUGUGAUCACUUUUCCUUUUGUGAGUUCAUCUGUGAAGCGUAAAGCCCAGCAGCUGAAAGCUCAAAGGCAGCUGGAGGAGGUCUUGCAGUCUCGCCUCCAGCAAAUGCAGACCAGCAUGCAGACAAAUCUUCAACCAGUCACUUUGGUUUCUGCAGACAGGAGUAUGUCCACUGAGCCAACCAUCACAAGUGAUUUUCCGACUGCAUCAAAUGAUAUUUCAUCUAAUAUUCAACAUCACAACAGAAGAACAUCAGAGUCAGAUAAAAAUGACUUGGUUGAUCAAAAACCUUCAACUGAAGAAAUUGACAAUGAAGUGCUGGUAGGAAAAAUCUCCUUUACACCAACUGAUGUACUCGGACAUGGAACAGCUGGAACCUUUGUCUUUAGGGGCAGGUUCGACGGACGGCACAUUGCUGUAAAGAGAAUCCUGCCUGAGUGUUUUGAGGUAGCCGAACGAGAAGUGCAGCUUCUCCGAGAAUCUGACACACACCCCAACGUCAUCCGAUACUUCUGCACAGAGAGAGACCGCCUCUUCACCUACAUUGCCAUUGAGCUAUGUGCUGUGACUCUGCAGCAGUAUGUGGAGGAUUCCUCUUGCUUUCCUGAGCUGGAUAAUAUAACUCUUCUGGAACAAACCAUGUGUGGCCUUUCUCAUCUGCAUUCACUCAAUAUAGUCCAUCGUGACCUCAAGCCCAGAAACAUUCUCCUCUCUGGGCCAAAUGCUCUGGGUGAAGUCCGAGCACUCAUCUCAGACUUUGGACUGUGUAAGAAGAUCCCAGACGGUCGGAGCAGCUUUUCGCUGCGCUCUGGAAUACCAGGAACUGAAGGCUGGAUAGCUCCGGAAGUGCUGCGAGAGACGCCUGGAAACAAGCCUACAUCAGCGGUGGAUGUGUUCUCAGCAGGCUGCGUGUUCUACUAUGUAGUCAGCAGAGGGCAGCAUCCUUUUGGCGAGGCUCUGAGACGGCAGAUCAACAUCCUUUCAGGAGAGUACUCACUCUCACACUUCAUGGAUGACAUUCAUGAUGAUGUCAUAGCAAAGGACCUGAUUGAGCAAAUGAUCAGCGCUGAUGCAGAGUCCCGGCCCUCCACUGCCUGUGUGCUUAAACAUCCGUUCUUCUGGAGCCCUGAGAAGCAGCUGCUCUUUUUCCAGGACGUCAGCGACCGCAUAGAGAAGGAGCCAGCAGAGAGUCCGAUUGUGGUCAGACUGGAGACUGCAGGCAGAUCAGUGGUCCGAACCAACUGGAGGAUGCACAUCUCUGUCCCUCUGCAAACAGAUUUGAGGCGGUUCAGGACAUACAAAGGAAACUCGGUGAGAGAUCUGCUCAGAGCCAUGAGGAACAAGAAGCAUCACUACCAUGAGCUGCCACCAGAGGUCCAGGACACCCUUGGGGAACUUCCAGAAGGCUUUGUCAGCUACUUCACCUCCCGGUUUCCACGGUUACUGAUGCACACGCAUGCCGCCCUGCAAAUCUGCACCCAUGAGAGGCUCUUUCACCCUUACUAUCUGCCACCCAAAGCCAAAUAGCUUUCACAUGACUCAGGCCUCCAUGUUUUAUGCACAGAAAGAAAAAGAGCCUACACUUUUUCAGGGGCAGUGCUGUGAAGAAGUUUUUAUAUGCCUUUGGAAGUUUUAUAAAGUAUUUUUAAUGGGUUUUAUUAGACCUUUUCUUUACAAAGGUUUUAAAUGAUUUAAUAAACACCCUUUUUUAAAAUGAGGAAAAAUGCUUCUGAGAACUAAAACACUAAAUAAAUAGGAAUAACAUUAUUAUCAAGCCCUAGUAAAAGUGUGUUAAAAGCUCUAAAAGUCCACUAUUAUGCAAAAUUCACUUUUUGCUUGUUUCUCUUCUAUGGGGGAUUUUUUCUGCCAUAAUCCAAGAGCACACAUGUUCAGUCUGAAAGCAGGAUUUCAUGUCUUUUGUUCUCAAAACUUUUAAACGGGGACAAUGAUGUAUCAGAAACUCGCUAAAUACUAAACAGAUUUUCAAGGUGUUUUUGCUGUAAACCUCAGCAUGCGUUCAUGCAUUUUCUCCCAGUCACAUAGAACAGAGCUGCAUGGCUUCAUUUUAUUUUUGCUUGCAAUAUCCCUGUGAUGUUGCAAAAGACAACUGUAAUUUGUACAGAUCAAUUUAGUUAGGAAUCCUUUGAAAACUACCAACAGAACAUGACAGAAUUUACCAAAGACUGGGAAUGAAGGAAGGUUCUGCUCCUACUCUUAAACACAAAUCUGCAGAUGAUGGCGAUGUAAGUAAAUAAUGGUAUCUUGUGUGUUUUGUAGUGUUGUUUGGUUUGAACAUCAUUUGUCAGUUAGUACAAUUCCAGUAAACUGGGAUUGUAACUGAAAGUCUACAUUGAGAAGAUGCAGUGUUUGUGAAAACAUCUCAGACUCUUGGACAUUACUGACAUUGCCUGAAUAGUAUUUUACACCUUGAAAGAAAUGCUUCUCCUCUAACCUCUCAAAUAUAUAUUUUAGCAUUUGUCUGCUAAUGCAUUUGUGGACAAAAAAAACGAUCUUUGUGCUGAUGUGCUUAGUGUGCUGAUGUCAGUUGCUCAACUUUUCACAUCAUAGCACAUUGCCCCAAAGCACAGCAGAAUCUUCAGAGUUUGAAUUAAUAAUGAUGUAAAUGUGUGUCAGAUCCACCACGUUUAAUCAUUCAGUGGUUGUGGCUUGCUGGUUGUUCAGGAGGCUUCACUUCUGCUUCUGGGUCUGACUUGGAGUCAAAAAUGUAUGGUUGUACCACUGUGCCCCUGCCUGCAGCCAUUUUCACAUGUCUGCUAAUGUAAACAGUGUGUUGAGAGAACUUAGUCAGCAGUAGGUUAUUUACAUAAGCAUGAUGUAACCCUACAACAGUGCAUUCCUAAAUGAGCUCAAAACAGGCAGAACUUAUGAGGGGAAAUCUUAAUAUCUGAGAAUGAUUUUGUAUAUUAAAUGUAAUGAGCAUGUUGUGUAUGUUGUGUAUCCCAGCCUGAAUCUGUCCAAGCAUAAUAGUGGACCUUUAAAAUGAAUGACUGCAGAUUCAGUCACAGUUAGUUUUUUCAAAUAUGCUCUUAUAGCAAUUUUCAGACUUGAAUGACCAGGUUCUCUUGCCUUUGUCAUUUUGAAGGCUAGAUAAUAAAAAUAGGCAUCUGUUCAGUAGGGAAAUGUAUUUAUUUAAAAUACAUUUUAAAUGAAGAGUGCUAUGGAUGGAUAGCACGCUGAUUAGCUAUCCAUCCAUCCAUUAUGUCACAUGUUUACCCUUCUGGUGUCAGAAGGUUGCUGGUGGGGCUGGUGCCAACCUCCAGUGGUCAGCAGGCGAGACGCGGGUCACUCUAGACAGGUCACCAAUCCAUCACAGGGCAAUACAGAGAGGACAAACAACCUCAUACCCACACAGGGAAUUUAGAGAGAGUAAUUACCCUCCAAAUUAGAGAGUGGAAGGAAGACGGAGUACCCAGAGAACCCACACAUGCACAGGGAGAAUAUGCAAACUCCAUAUGCAGGAAUUGAACCUAGGACCUUCUUGCUGCAAGGCAACAGUUCUACCAACUGCACCACCUCAAUCACCUUCUGACCAGCUAUUGAAGUAUUUAUUAAACUUCUAUUUAGAUGGUGCCAAUUUACAACAAUUAUUGUCUUAAGUCAAUCCAUUCAUAUAGACAAAUUCCGUAUAAAUUAAUGUGGAAAUUCUUAGGUAUGUUACUGCUGGCACCACAAAUUAUUUACUUAAUUUGUUUGUUUUUAUUUUCCAUUUGGUACUGUAUAUUUCUAGCUGGUUUUGGAGGUCCACAUUAUAUCCAACUAAUCCAACGUUGUUC